CCAUUAUCAUUAAUACCUUUCAUCUAUAUUCCCCUCUUCCUCUUUCUCUUCUUCUUCUUCGUCUUCCUCCUCCUCCUCAUCAAGCCAUGUAACAAUCAUCAACAUCCAUCACCAUCCAUCAUCAUCCAUCAUCAUCAUCAUCCAAAAAUCAAUAUGGCUACGAGCACAAGAAACACCAGAGGGAAAGAAGUGGCUGAAGGGUCAUCGCCACAGCCACUGAGCCGCUACGAGUCGCAGAAAAGGCGAGACUGGAACACGUUUUGCCAGUACCUGAGGAACCAGAGACCGCCUGUGCACAUCUCGCAGUGCAACACGAACAACAUACUCGAUUUCCUUCGCUACCUCGACCAGUUCGGCAAGACCAAAGUCCAUCUUCAGGGAUGCGUCUUCUUCGGACAGCCCGACCCUUCAGGACAGUGUAACUGUCCCUUGAGACAAGCUUGGGGAAGCUUAGAUGCUUUGAUCGGACGGCUGAGAGCUGCUUACGAAGAGAACGGCGGUUUGCCGGAGAGAAACCCUUUCGCCGGCGGUGGGAUUAGGGUUUACCUGAGGGAGGUUAGGGAUUCUCAGGCCAAGGCAAGAGGUGUUCCGUACAAGAAGAAGAAGAAGAGGAGGAACCCAGCGAAGGGCACUGCCACUGUUACUGCUACUCACGCCGGAACUGGAACUAGUAGUAGUACCACUUCGAACUUGCCUACUGCUUAGCAAGGAAGGGGACAAAAAAAGGGGGAUUUAUGGGUAUAUAUAUGUUGAAUCUACAGGUUCCGUAUAAAUGAUAUAUAUAUACAGGCGAAAGUAUAAAAUCAUGUACUGUUCGAUGAGUGAAGACCGAUAGAUAGAUGCGCGUGAAACUUUGCAGGAUCUGCUACUGAUUUGGGCAUCCAUAUAUCAUCCUUACAUCGAAUAGAGUCAGUACUUCUCUUUCUUCCAAUAAAUUUGUCAAUGUGCUUUAUUAGUUUCUUCAUAUGUGUAUGUAUAUCAUUUUACAGAUGAAUAUCGGUCCAGAUAUGAUAUUUCGAUCGGUUCAUAUA